UUUGAUACAGUAGCACUGGCACGCGAUCCUGUUCGCGUGAUCACGUGGUCUGGACACGAUUCUUUCAUUGAACUUUAAUGUAACUGUUUUUGAAACAGCUUUUGAUACAGAAAGUUUAUAUCGCAAUAUAUUUGAGGCCAUGUCUUUCUGUUCAUUCUCGAAAGGGGAGUUUUUUAAGGAUCACUUUGAAACUGGCAUAUAUGUUUGUGCUAAAUGUGGAUAUGAGCUGUUUUCCAGCAAGUCUAAAUAUGAACAUUCAUCACCCUGGCCAGCCUUCACAGAAACUAUCCAUGAGAACAGUCUGUCCAAACAAGAGGAGAGACGGGGCGCCUAUAAGGUUAAGUGUGGUAAAUGCGGUAAUGGUCUUGGUCACGAGUUCGUAAAUGAUGGACCCAAACGUGGUCUCUCACGCUUUUGAAUAUUCAGCAGCUCUCUGAAGUUCAUUCCUAAAGUUAAGAAUGAUCAACAGUAGAGCAAUUGGAAAGAAACCAUGAGGAUGUUUCAUUAAGAAUACCUGGAGAAGCUUUGAUGUGUUUACCGUUUGGAUGGUGAAUGAAACGCUCUGACAAAAGCCCACAGCGGGACGUUCAGAGUGAUGAUGUGUACACAACCUUAUGGGAAACAUGCAUAGCUUUCUCACACGACUGUGCUGUUAUCAGUUAAUACACAAAUAUGCAAUUUUUUAUGCACAGAACAUUUGAGACGAUGCACAUGAUACUUUUAUCUCACUUUGAAGUGUGCAUCAUUGGUGCUGUAAGAAUAUCACAACAAGAUAACUGUCAUUUUAGGAGUCCUACAAAAGGCCUUUGUGUCUUGGUAGGAAAAAUGUUUUUGCUGUCAGUCUCUCAGACUUGGUGCUUUUGCUAGUUUAAAUAAUUUAUAUAUUUAUAUGUUUUAAAAAUACAUACCUAACCGGUUUUCAUCAUAUGUCAUGCUACACUUGUUGCUUUGUCUGUUACAUAUUGCUUGAGUCCCAGGAAAAGGUCAAAGUCUAAAAUCCUUUUUUUAUUAUUAUUUAACAAAGAUUUUAAGGUUUAACAUUUUUCAGGAUUAGCAUUCAGUGAAUGAUACUUUAUCAAUAAUGUGCUUUUAGAAAUCACUUUCUUUUGUGAGUAUUGAAAUGUUUUUCGUGUUGGAUGUUAAAGGGACACUUCACCCA